CCAGGGUGGCAGGGGGAGGAGCAGCAGCUUUUGUAUCUGAUCGACUGUGUGUGGCAGCUCUGUCGAUAAAAGGACGGUAAAGUGGAAUGGCCGUUGUGAGAGUGGGCAGUGCUGGAGUGGGGAGCUGAGGCUUUGGCUCAAGGGGCUUCGGUAAGGAGGCACAGGUGAGUAGCAGGUUGCUGCCUUAGUGUUGUGCUCAGGACCAAGAUGGCUGCCCUUGCUGCUCUGGGUUUAGUGUUGGUCCAGAUGGGACUCAGUGAAGGUUGGAUUCCAACCCCGGCUUCAGGUACCCCUGGCCUGGACUACGGAGAGCUGCGUCUGUCUGGAGGCCGACUGCCCAGUGAGGGCCGGCUGGAGGUUUACUACGACGGAGAAUGGGGAACCGUGUGUGACGAUGGCUGGGACAUCACUGACGCCCACGUUGUCUGCCGCAGCCUCGGUUACCUCAACGCCACGGAGGCAACUAAAGGAGGUGUCUUCGGAUCAGGAUCAGGCUCCAUCCUGCUGGACGACGUGUCCUGCACGGGAACUGAGAGCUCUCUCGCUUACUGCAAGACCAAAGGAUGGAAGGUCCACGACUGCCAACACUCGGAGGAUGCUGGAGUUCGCUGUGACCCCCGGAGAUUGGACCAGAUCUUUGGCUACAGACUGGAUCUCACGGCAGAGUUCUACGAAUCUUUAAAGGAAUUGUACGUGAGUCGCAGGAACUGCGACAUGAACAUCACGGUGACCACCCUGGAGGAUGGCCAGGAGCAGGAGCGCUCCUGUGUGCACAGACUCAUCCUGUCCCUGCACACAGACAAAAACACAAUCAGCCAGAGUCAAGGCAGUAGCUUCAACCUGCUGGUGUCCCAGGACUGCGUGCAGUACGUCAAUGACAUCAUCAGAUACUUUUACACGAAGACGAUCACCAUUACGUUGUCUUCAGUCAAGUGCAUCCACAACAUGGCCUCAGACUACCGGAUCACUGCCGUCCGGAAUUACUGCGAUAAGCUCUUCUACAAACUCCUACCCCAGGACCCAUCCUUCCGACACCAGCUGGAGCUCUACAACUAUGCCGAGGCAGUGGAGGACCCCCUGCUGAAGGAGAUUUGCCUGCAGUACUUUGCCUGGAACUGUGAGUCGUUCAGUCAGACGGAGACCUGGAAUGAGCUGACAGCGGAGGAGUUGGACACCUUGCUCCAGCGGUCGGACCUGGCCAUUGAGAGUGAGUUUGUGCUGUUCCAAGCAGUGGAGUCUUGGAUCACUCACAACGGGCGGCUGGAGGUGGUGGACCUGCUGUUGAGCAAAAUCCGCUUCCCAAUGAUGUCCCCCGAGGAGCUGAUCUCCAUCCCCUUUAACUCCAGCCUGUAUGAGCAGUUUGAGAACAUGUUCACACCCCGACUGUUGGAAGCCUUUGAGUUCCAUUCCGUCCCUCUGCAGAAGUUGAGGUACUUCAGGAACAUGUCCGAGCCUGGCUUCCAACGGAUCUACACCUCCAACGAGUGGAGCAGAACCCUCCUCAUCUCCUCCAGUGGCCCAACCUCUGGCCGCAGGACCUAUCCCUACCGGCACACAGGCCCGUACGGAGGCAAAUACUCUUAUGAUCAGCAAUACUACAACAGCUACAAUGCCUACCGCUCCUCCCCCAGCGUUUUCUUCCAGACCAGACAACACAUGAGCCAGCUGUACAGCUCCAAUCACCUCUCCUGGUCAGCGUACUACCACAACUCUGCACAGCGCUGUAGGAACAGCUACGUCAUCUGUCCCUACGACACCUACCCCGUGGCAGUGUUGACCACACACAGCCCCCAGCAGAGCGUAACCUUCCACAACACCCUGCUGCUGCUCUGUAACAACAGCAGUGUCUCCUAUGUGCAAGAGAUGAAGAACUCCACGCCGUGCUCCCCUCUAGCAAUGCCACUGACCUCCUCCUCUUUGCCUGCGACACCGGCAUCUCUGCCCUCAAGUUUGUCGUCAGGGCCCUUUUAUGUUUGA